GUGUUCGCACACUCCUCCGCAGUAGGCGGCGCUGUGCCACGAACCGUCGACGCCGAGCGAGGAAGAACUGGCAUUUUGCCUUUCAAAUAAUCACAGUCGCCCACCCAGGCGUCCACUGUCCGUCAUCUCUGCUUUUGUGCGAGUGCUUCGCGAGAAAGAUUCUCAGCACCGAACUGAAGAGUGUGGCACUGAUACGCCUGAAGUUGUGAGCGAGAAGCUGCAACGUGAUGGAGGUUGAGAAUAAAGAAGGAACCGAGAGCCCUCUGCCCAACGGCAGCACCCAUCCACCCAAACGUGGACGAGGCAGACCACGAGGGUCCCUCAAUAAGAAGUUCACUACCGAGGGGAAAGCGCCGACACACAAUGCCAGGCCAUCUAAAAAGGUGGACUUCUUUUCUCCUGACACAGUCAUAAAGACCAAGGUGAAGAAACGUGGUCGACCAAAGAAGAUAAAAAUGCCUGGCAGGCCGAGAAAGAUCCCGCUCACGCCUGAGGAAGAAUCAGAGAGACUUCACAGGAUGAGUUUACAGCGCAAGCGGAGACUGUCAAAGCCGCUCGGAAGACCACGCAUUCAUCCCGUCGCCGAAGGAUCCAAGGCUAAAAGAGGCAGAGGAAGACCACCAGGGUCACCCAAUAAAAAGUUCACUGACAAAGACACAAAGACCGAUGUGAAGAAACGUGGCCGACCUAAAAAGAUAAAAAUGCCUGGCAGGCCGAGAAAGAUCCCGCUCACGCCUGAGGAAGUAUCGGAGAGACUUCACAGGAUGAGUUUACAGCGCAAGCGGAGACUGUCAAAGCCGCUCGGAAGACCACGCAUUCAUCCCGUCGCCGAAGGUCCCAAGGUAAAAAAAGCCAGAGGAAGACCACGCAAGUACGGUGCCAAAUCCGGUUCACAAAGCGGUGGAGUUGAAAUCAGUCUUGAUGCCUCCAACGGUUCUCCACGAAAGAGAGGGAGGCCGGCGGGCUCGUUGAAGAGAAAGAGGGGUCGGCCCGCAGGUUCUACCAAGGUUGCCAAGAUUACCAGGGCCUCAGAUGGAACCCCAAAAAGGAGAGGUCGCCCUCCAGGCUCUCCAAACAAGGUGAAGAAGAUUCAGCGGGCUGACGGAUCUCCUCGAAAGAGAGGCCGGCCCCCAGGCUCUGGCACCAAACUGAAGGUCAUUCAACAAAACCCAGACGGAACUCCUCGCAAGAGAGGCCGACCUCCAGGUUCUGGCAAAAAGGUCAAGAUUGUCCAAAAAAAAGAAGGAGACACUCCCCGCAAGAGAGGCCGACCUCCAGGUACCGGAAAAGUCAAGGUGCAGUCCGCAGAAGGUGGAGAGACGGGAGGUGAGAACGCAGAUGGCGCCCCUCCACGUCGUAAGAGAGGACGUCCAAGCAAAGUCAGACUCGCAGUCGUGCUCGAAAAACUCCCCACGGCAUCAGCGGAGGAAGAUGAGGAGGAGACCGAUGCAACCUCUCCCAAACAAUCCCGCACCUCUGAUGAUUCGUCGCAAAAUCCAAACGAUGAUGAUGAAGACACCAGGGCGAGCGAGAACGACGCAGACCCAGAAGACGAAGAAGAUGACGAAGAUGACGCCAUUGAUUGUUCAAAAGUCAACAACACAAGCGAGAACGAGAUGGUGGGCAAAUUCAAAAAAAAGAAAUGAAAAGAUAAGGGGCUUCGUUGAAAAUUGGUGGGUAUAUUUUUCGAAGGGUUUUAAUAGGCUAUGUCGAUAAUGUUUUUGCAAAUUUUUUUUUUUUUAUCUAAAAAGUGUGCUUUUGAUGUUGCCUGCCAUGCCAGACUGUAUUUUUUUCUCUCUUUUAUUUUGAAGCUCAUUAACCGAAAUGUUUGCUCACAGUCUGAUUGAGCACAAUUGUUUUUGUUUUUUUUUGCAUGGGGAAAAAAAAAUUGUUUGCAUAAUAAUUUGAAGCAUGCAAACUCGAAGGACAAGUAUGUAGCCUGUAAAAAUCAUGGGAUCCAAAAAGAUGAUGCACAAUUAACGGUUCCAUUGAAAACGUUACCAUGCUAAGCACACCUUAUGUUACCAAUGGCUUGUGCCAACAAUUUCAGAGCAACUACCAAACCAGACUCUUUCAGAUGUAGUGUCCUCAUACCUGUGCAGUAGUCCGUGUGCACAGGAUUUGAAAGUACUGGAGGCUAAUUUUUAAAAUUUAAAUUGCCCAGACGUUUUUUAGUCGAUGUAGUAGUGGCUGUGAAAAUCUGCAGCUUUUUCGAGGAUGAUGGUUAAGUGCAUCUUUGCUGUAGUUUUAUUUCUUUUAUCAUUGUCGGUUCAUUCAUACUUCAACUCUGUAAAAUCAGUCCCACCGAGUUCAGUGUUUUAUAGUGAAACGGUCUUAUUUUAUGCUUCGUAUCAUCAGAUCUUUGUCUGAUAGUUCGGUCAUAUAUAGGUGUUGAGUGCUUAGUUUACGACAACCCCUCAUUUUUGCUAAAAUAUUGUGAUUACUUCGUUUUAAAGACAUGCUGUUGUUUUUCAAAAUGUGAAUACAUACAAAACUCUGCUUUGACAGUAGGCUCACGGAUCCUGGUUUUUAAUUUUCAUAUCAUUUAUGGCUUUUUAUAUACGUUUCUUGUUGCUCCUGUCUUUUUGAACUUUUUUUGUUGUAAACGUUUUUUGUUUUCUCCUUGAUUUGCUUAGUUUGUGUAAAAGCGUAGACUUCUCUUGCUAUAAACCGUAGAUCUUGUCUCGAUUAAUUUUCAUGUAUGAUUUAGCAGUAGAUGCUGAAAACAGAUUGUUUUAGCUGAGACCUUGCAUCUAGAAAUGUUCUUUCAUGUUAAUAAAACAGUUACUGUUCAAACAUGAUUGUUCGAUAGACAUUAAGUGCAUUUCAUGUACACGCUUUUUAAUUAGGUUACUCAUUUGUGCUGUAGUAUGAAAGAUUUCUGUAUCACCGCUUUGUAUGAUUCAUUUCACUUUGUGAUUUGGAUGAGCAUUGUUGCUGAUUAAUAAACAAUUAAAUCAUACCAUAUUCACCAA